ACAGCUGGCGCGCUUGCAUCCGUGCCCGGCUUGUAGGGACUCGGUGUGCCUGGCAUGGAGGCACUCGGCGAUUCCGAGCCCACCCCGGGCUGCAGCGCCCAGGACCCGGGCGGCGCUCCCGGCGACGGUGAUGGCGCCCCUCCAUGGGCCCCGGAGGACGCAUGGAUGGCCACCCACCCAAAGUAUUUAGAAAUGAUGGAAUUAGAUAUAGGAGAUGCUACUCAAGUCUAUAUAGCAUUCUUGGUUUACCUGGACCUCAUGGAGAGUAAAAGUUGGCAUGAAGUAAACUGUGUGGGAUUGCCAGACCUCCAGCUCAUCUGCCUGGUUGGUACUGAGAUAGAAGGAGAAGGGCUACAGACUGUGGUGCCUACGUCCAUCAAUGCCUCCCUCAGCCAUAACAGGAUAAGGGAGAUCUUGAAGGCAUCUCGGAAAUUGCAAGGUGAUCCAGAUUUGCCGAUGUCUUUUACUCUGGCCAUAGUGGAGUCCGAUUCCACAAUAGUCUAUUAUAAACUCACUGAUGGAUUUAUGCUGCCAGACCCGCAGAAUAUUUCCCUUAGAAGAUGACACCUAUACUUCCUGGUGCUUACUUUAUUCAUACAAGAUUGGACUUGAGACCCCUCAACCUGCUUACUCUUUUAUCUCAGAGACAGUCAGGAUUGACUUAGCUGGUCUUAUUCCAUAAGUGUUUUUCUAAAGUAGAAAAAUUGCCCAGAUAGAGAGUUUUUUGUUAUUGUUCAAAAAUAUGGGGUAGUUGCUCUAAAACUUUAUCUGAGACAGUUUAAUUACAGUUGUAUACAAGUUUAUGCCUAGGAUGUUAUAAGAGGGUUAUCCUCCACUCUUAGCUGCCUCAUCGUUCACUGCUGUUACUGCCAGCUCAUCGUUGAGACUGCCACCCUUUUCCUAAUUCGGCUCUCUCAGUGCCUUUGGCCACUACAGAUAGAUUUGAAUACCUUUCAUAUACACCUUGAUACCUGAAGAGUUUACGUUAGCCUGAUUUUUAGUCCCAGUAGAAAGUAAAUAUUUCUGUAAUUGUUCCUAAUGUUUCAAUUACUGUUACAUUCCUUUUUUGUUUACUUUAAAUCAAAACUAUAAUUAAGUUCAUCCAGAGUGUGACCUUGCAUGUCUAGAUUAAUAAGGACCAGAGAAGUGCUACCUACAAAGAUACUGAGCCUUCCUUUCCCUUCUUAUUACCACAACCCUAUAUCAGAGUAGACUGUUACAAGGGAAAUAGUGAGGGACAGUGUCCGCCUUAAAAACAUCUUUAUGAAGUAGACCCAUUUAUUCCACGUUUGUUAUAAUCCAAUCAAGUUGCCUAAAGUAUAAAAAUUAUAUGCACAAAGAUGUUAUAAAUAGCAUUACUUGUAAUUGCCCAAAUUAUAAACCCCUUAAAAGUUUAGGGCAGUGGUUGAUAAACUUUUCCGGUAAAGAGCCAGGAAGUAAAUAAGUUAGGCUUUGCAGGCCGUGUAGUCUCUGUCACAGCUUCUCAACUCUGUAGUUUGUAGCACAAAAAUAACAAUAGACAAUAGGUAAACAAAUGAGCAUGGAUGAGUGUGUUCUAAUAAAACUUUAUUUACAAAUGCAGGACCAUAGUUUGCCAAAUAUAUGUGUGUGUGUGUGUGUGUGUGUGUGUGUGUGUGUGUGUGUAUAUAUAUAUCUCCAAUGAAUGGUACAUUAUGUACUCAUUAAAAACUAGUAAAGAAUAU